AUGACUUUUCUCUAAACAGAAAAUUAGAAAACAUAAUAUCUAAGAUUUCAUUCUUUCAUUUUUUUAAUCAAGUUACAUUAUCAUAAUUAUAUAAGUUUAACAAUUUUAGUUAAUCCAGAAUGGAAUUUCUCCAAUCAUUAUUUUUUAGCUAUUAGAAUUCUUAAAAGUAAAUAAUCAUGCUUGGAUCGUUUGAGUUAAUUCAAAUGUGAUAGAAGGAUUUCCAUCAUAAGCUCUUUGAAGGUAGUAAUUCAUAUUUAAUUUAGUAAUGA